ACCUUGCAACACAUUUUUACCACACACACACGCAGUUUGACAGGUAGAAGUGACGGAGCAUUGGUUCUCUGAAUUUGUCUUUUGGAAGUCAGAUGUGAACAUCGCUUAAUGAAGGUUGUAUUGAUGAUGUCACUCAGAUUGACUCCUCCCCUUUCUCUGCUGUUUCUGCUCAUGAUUUCAGCAGUUGCUGUUGCCCAACAGCAGUGGAGUGUGUCUUACACACAAAACUCUAUCUGUGCUGUAAGGGGAUCUACAGUGACCAUGGGCUGCAGCUACAAAUAUAAUUCAACUAAUUCCACAGUUCAAAGAGCUUUUUGGAGUAAAAAGCUGGUUACAGAUAUAGAGCCUCUUGAUCUGUCUUCAGACCAAAAGUAUAGACUCAGGGUUCAGUAUCUCAGAGAAAAACCACAUGAUUGCAGCCUCAGACUGAAGGAUGUUAUACAGGAGGACAAGGGGAAAUAUUACUUCAUGUUUGCAACAUCAGCUGGAGAACAGUUUCAAGAUCAGCAUGGAGUUGAGCUUUCAGUCACAGGGCUCCGGGUGGAGAUUCCUGAUAGAGUGGUUGAGGGAGAUGAAGUCACUCUCACGUGUAAAACCACCUGCAGCCUGACUGACACUCCAACAUUCACCUGGUACAAAAAUGGAAUGAAUUUAUCCUCCUCCUCUAACCCACUCCGUCUGCCAUCAGUCAGUCAGGAGGAUGCAGGUGAUUACCGCUGUGCUGUACAGGGACAGACUUAUCGCUCCCCUGCUGUCAUUCUUGAUGUCCAAAAUCAUGUCAGGAUUUCCCCUGUAGCUGUUGGAGUUGUCUUCUGUGGAGUCGCAGCUCUUCUAGCUGGACUUUUCUUUAUGAGAUGGAAGAGGCAGAAGACGUUUAAUCAUGUGAAUGCUGUGGAAGACACAUACACUCCUCCUGACCCCAUUUCCAGGUCCUACAAUGACAUGAACAACACACUUGCAAAUGUUCACUCCAGUCCUACUGAAGACACAUAUACAGCGCUUGAUGUUCAGGCCACGUCCUCCAGUGGCGUGUACGACACACUUGCAAACAUUUACUGCAGUCCUACUGAUGACACAUACACAGCUCUUGAUCUUCAGACCAGGUCCUCCAAUGACACGUACUCAGCUCUGGAUUCUCAGUCCAUCUCUCCUGAUUACUACAAUUUACCAACUGCAAGAAAGCAACAGUGAGAUCAUCAACCUCAACACCAUGUCAAGAGAGAGAGAGAGAGAGAGAGAGACAGACAGACAGACAGAAAUGACUGAUGCUAGAAUAGUUCUGUUUUUGAUCUGUGGAUCAAUAUUGAACUCAAUCUUUAAAUACAGUGGUGCUUGAAAGUCUGUGAACCCUUUAAAAUGUUCUAUAUUUCUGCAUAAAUAUGACCUAAAACAUCAUCAGAUUUUCACACAGGUCCAAAAAGUAGACAACAAGACUCCAAUUAAACAAAUGAGACAAAAAUAUUAUACUUGGUCAUUUCUUUAUUGAGGAAAAUGAUCUAAUAUUACAUAUCUGUGAGUGUGAAAAGUAUAAGAACAUUUGCUUUCAGUAUCUGGUGUGACCCCCUUGUGCAGCAAUAACUGCAACUGAACGUUUCUGGUAGCUGGUGAUCAGUCCUGCACUUUGGCUAGGAGGAAUUUUAGCUUUAAUCAUAUUUAUGCAUAUUUUACCUGCUAAACAACACAUUGUGCAAAAAUGUGUGCCUUUAACUUUUGUACAUUUUACACAAUAAA